AUUGCGGAUGGACAUCGCAAGUUGAGUACUAAGCUAUAUAUUACUUUCCUUGUGAAUCUCGCACUUUCUAUGAUCACUAGCUUGCUCUCUGUUUGCCUUUGGGAUAAAAGUUUUUGAGAGCCCCUCUCCGCUAGUCAAUCGGUGAGUACAUCUAAUGGGUUCAUUUUCAUCUAAUGAUGGAGCGGAGAAAGCAAUGCCCGUGCAACUUCUUCAAGCUCAGGCCCACAUAUGGAAGCAUUGCUACAGCUAUGUCAGUUCAAUGUGCUUGAAAUGCUCCUUAGAACUCGGCAUACCUGACGCAAUUCAAAGCCACGGUGGACCCAUGACCUUUAAGCAGCUUGUGGAAGCAAUCCCGGUCUGCCCCGGGAAGGCUCGUUGCCUGUACCGCGUUAUGCGUGUACUCGUCCACUGGGGCUUCUUCGAGCUGCAGAUCAGAAAAAGAGGAGGUGCUCACGAGGAUGAGGAGGCCUAUUCGCUCAACAGUGCAUCCGAACUCCUCCUCAGAGACAAUCCUGUCAAUUUGGAACCAUUUGUGCGGUUCAUGCUCGAUCCCGUUUCGAUUAAGUCGAUGGAUUGUUUGAGUUCCUGGUUCCAAAAUGAUGAUCUUUCCCCGGUAGAGACGGCUCAUGGACUGAAAGCCUGGGAUCUUGUGGCCAGAAAUCCCGAGUUGGGGUGCCUAUUUAACGGUGCCAUGGCUAGCGAUUCUCGGUUGGUUGCAAGGGUGUUGACGGACCACUGCAAGUGGGCGUUUGAAGGGUUGAAGUCGCUCGUGGAUGUAGGGGGCGGGACCGGGGAGACAGGCAAGGCGAUCGCAGAUGCUUUCCCGCAUAUGGAGUGCACCGUGUUCGAUCUCCCGCAUGUGGUGGCCGGUCUGCAAGGGACUAGGAACUUGAAGUAUGUUGGAGGGGACAUGUUUAAUGAGAAAAUCCCACCCGCUGAUGCAAUUCUUUUAAAGUGGAUAUUGCAUGACUGGACUGACGAAGAGAGCGUAAAAAUACUGAAGAAGUGCAAGGAAGCUAUACCAAGAAAAGAGGAGGGAGGGAAGCUGAUCAUUAUAGAGACGGUGAUGGACGACCCAACCGUAGGAGAUGAGAAUAUUAAGGAAACACAGCUCUUGGCCGACGUAGUCAUGAUAAACGUCCUGGGAUUCGAAAGAAACAAAGAGGAGUGGGCCAAGCUCUUCGCGCAUGCCGGUUUUAGCGAUUACGUGAUGCGUCCUAUAUUGGGUUUACGAUCUGUCAUUGAAGUUUAUCCAUGAUUCCCUUCUCAUCUAUUCUGUUACAAUAUAUAAAAGUUGAGUUGCGAUAUCGUGAGAGCCCCA